AUGACGAAAGAUCCUGACCAUAGGCAAAUUUACCGAUUCGUUCGUACGCUAUUCCAUUCUGCUCAACUUACCGCAGAAUGUGCAAUCAUAACAUUGGUUUACAUAGAACGCUUGUUGAAUUAUGCUGAAAUGGAUUUAUGCCCAUCAAACUGGCGACGGGUCGUUUUGGGAGCUAUCAUGUUAGCGUCAAAGGUUUGGGAUGAUCAAGCCGUAUGGAAUGUCGAUUAUUGCCAGAUACUGCGAGAUACCAAUGUUGACGAUAUGAAUGAAUUAGAACGACGCUUCCUUGAGUGCCUUGACUUCAACAUCGAAGUACCCUCAUCUGUUUAUGCAAAAUAUUAUUUCGAUUUGCGAACUUUGGCCUUGGCAAAUGAUUUACAACUACCAUUACAACCACUUUACCGAGAACGUGCGAAACGUUUAGAGGCUGUCAGUAGAGUAUACGAAGAUAAAUUUAACAACUUCAAGCGAAGCUACUCAGCCGAACGUAUCCAGACGGAAAGAAGAGCACCUACUGUGCUUUCAUAA